AUGGAGCAACCUACCAACACUACCGACGUCAAGGGCUUGAAGCAGAUGGUCCCCGAGGUCACCUGGGCCCAGCGCUCAUCCACCACUGAGCCCGAGAAGAACCACAUCUACAUGACCAUCGUUGUCCCCGAUGUCAAGCCUGAGAACCUGAAGCUCGACCUGCAAUCUUCAUCGCUCGAAUUCACCGGUUACUCAGAGAGCAAGAAGGCCACUUACCACGUCAAGAUGGACCUUUUCGCCGAGAUCGACCCCAAGGAGAGCAAGAUCAACCACUCUUCCCGCUGGGUUGAGCUGGUCCUCAGAAAGAAGGAGCUCAAGGAGGAGUACUGGCCCCGUCUCCUCAAGGACAAGCAAAAGGUUCACUACCUCAAGACCAACUUCGACAAGUGGGUCGACGAGGAUGAGCAGGACGCCGUUCCCGAGGACGACGACUACAUGGCCCGCAUGGGUGGCAUGGGUGGUGCCGGCGGCAUGGGCGGCGGUAUGGAGGGUAUGGGCGGCAUGGGCGGUGACGGUGGCUUUGGCGGCAUAGACUUCUCCAAGCUUGGUGGCGGCGCUGGUGGUGCCGGUGGCAUGCCCGACCUCAGUGCUCUUCAGGGUAUGAUGGGCGGCAUGGGAGGUGGUAUGCCUGGCAUGGGUGGCGACGAGGGCGAAGACGACGACGAUGACGACGACAUGCCGGAACUUGAAGAGACUGAGGAGGCCAACGCUGGUGCCUCCAAGUCGAGCAAGAUCGAGGAGGUCGAGUAA